AUCAUUGUUAUUAUUUUCACUAGUUGCGGUGGGGUUGUUGGCUUUGCUUAUGCUCGAAAGUUUUCAAUGGUCGCCUCUUCUUUGCCGUCAAAAGAACAGUCCACUUUUAAGAAUAUUCUAAAAUAUUAUGAGACCAAACAAUAUAAAAAGGCCCUCAAGUGUGCAGAAAGCAUACUGAAAAAGUUUCCAAACCACGGCGAAACUUUGGCACUAAAGGGACUCGUCAUCGCCGCUUUAAACAGAAAGGAAGAAGCUUACGAACUAGUGCGACGUGGUUUAAAAAAUGACUUGAAAAGCCAUAUAUGCUGGCAUGUUUAUGGUCUCUUGUACCGUGGAGAUCAGGACUAUAAGGAAGCAGCAAAGGCUUAUCUCCAAGCAUUAAAGUUUGAUCCAGAAAAUAUUCAAAUUCUUCGCGAUUUAGCUCUUUUACAGGUUCAAACAAGGGAUUAUGAUGGUCUUAUGUUAACGAGAAGAAAACUGGUAACCAUCAAACCCGGAAUAAGGAACCAUUGGCUAGGUUUUGCAGUGGCCUGUCAUUUAAAAGGCGAGAUGGAUAUUGCAAUCAAAAUAUUGGAGUCCUAUGAAGGUACUCUUGGCAAGAAUUCGGACUCUUUGGACGCCUCGUCAGAUAAAAGAAAGGAGGGAAGUAAUCAAGAAGCGAAAAUAGCUCAAAUGGAAGAAGCGUAUGAAACUUCCGAGACUCUUCUCUAUCAUGCUAUGAUAUUGCAGGAGAUGGGUGCCUGGAAAGCUUCGUUGGACUAUCUGGAGAAAAACAAAGGAAGGAUAAUCGAUUUACUUUCUUAUUUAGAAUUUCGCGCCAAUCUUCUUGUUCAGUUGCUUCUUUCAAAGAGUAUUUCGACCGAAGAGUUUGAACAUUUAUACUCGGGAGAACCCGAAACUGCAAUUCUUCAGUUGCUGGAUCUGAAUCCUAACAACCUGGAAUACAUUCGACUAUAUAUGGUCGUCUAUAGUUUUCGUAGUGAUAAGUUUUUGAACAAUGGUGUGUCUUCUUUUUGUUUGGAGUCAAAUAUAUCUCUGGAAGCCUGUAACGAGCUUCAACAACGAUACCCUCAUUCGUCAAGCUUGGAAAGACUGACUUUAGAGGUUGCCAUUGGAGAAGAAUUCCUUCGAAGAGUAAAGGAGUAUUUCAGUCGUUUUCUCUAUCAAGGCGUACCAUCUUUGAUGACUGACUGCAAGUCUCUUUAUCGUAAUGAUACAAAGGUGAACAUGAUAGAGCAAGUUUUGAAUGAGUUUUAUCAUGAAGGCUUAAACAACUGUAAGUUGACGGACAGAAAUGCUUCUAAAAAUGGAGAAUCUUAUGAUACGCAAGUCAUUUCGAAGAGCAAAGAUUUGACGCCAGAUGCAGUACUAUGGUCAUUGUACUUUCUCGCACAGCACUUUGAUAUGAAAGCAGAUACGGAACAGGCGCUUGUGUGUGUCAAUAAAGCUAUUGAACACACACCUACUUUGAUAGAGGCAUACAGUGUCAAGUCGAAAAUAUUCAAACAUGCUGGUGGUAUAUUCCAGUCUCUUCAGUUUGCCAACGAAGCUCGAAAGUUGGAUUUGGCAGAUAGGUAUCUCAACUGCCAAUGUAUUCAAUUGGCUCUUAGACUUGAUAUGAUACCACUGGCAGAGGCAUGGAUGUCUCUUUUUACAAAGGAAGAAGGAGUAAAAGAAUCACAAAAUAUUUACGACCUGCAAGUGAUUUGGUAUGAGUUGGAGUCUGCUGAGUCACACUUUCGUUUGAAAGAGUUUUCAAAAGCUCUAAAAUUAUUCAAAGCUGUAGAGCGUCAUUUUCAAGAUAUUAUUGAAGAUCAGUUUGAUUUUCACUCUUAUUGUUUGAGAAAAGCAACCUUGAGAGCAUAUAUUAGAGUGCUUCGACUGGAGGAUAAGUUGUUUGGUCAAAAAUAUUACUUGAGAAACGCAAAAGGACUCGUAAGGCUGUAUUUGGAGAUAUUUGAACUUCAAAAGCAAAAGUCUAAUAAUGAAGAGCAUUUGAGUUUGUCGGAUUUGUCUUUAUCAGAAGAAAAGAAAGGACAAAAGUCGAAAAAGAUACACAAGGACGACAACGACAAGUCAAAGAAUAGUCCAGCAGGUAAAGAAGGCAAUGCUCAUGGAGUGAAAAGCACUUCCUCAUCAACUGGUUCUGGUUGGAUGGAAAUAGAUCCUAAUGGCGAAACUUUAUAUGAAAGCAUUCGAGAUCCUCUUUAUGAGGCUAAUAAAUAUAUAAGUAUCUUGGAGAGAUAUGUUGGAGAUGAGAUGGCUGUCCAAACCCUUGCAUUUGAGUUGGCGUUAAAGGAAGAGAAACUUGUUUUAAUUUUGAAGGCAGUUGUUCAUAUGGAAAGAAUAGUAUUGAAUAUGAACAAAGUCUCUAGUCCAAGCAAUGAUGAUUUUUAUAUAUUUGUGGUGAAGAAACUACAUUUUGCUUAUUUCCUAGAAGAGCGUUGUAGCUACUUGGAGCAACUUCCUAUAUCCAUCAUUUCAUUUGUGAAGGAUGAAUGUCAUCGAUUAUGUGAAGGAAGCACCUUUGAGAAGCUAUUGAUGUAUUACUGGGACAUGUAUCAAGAGUCUUUGGCAUUUCGUGUUCAUUUGGCAGAAUUAUUGAAACAUUUAGAUAUGCAAGAAAGAUAUCCUUUUGUGAUUGAAAAUUUAGUAAGCAAAAAGCAAGGACAUGUUGAACGACGGGAAAUCUGUGAACGUCAUGUCGCUCUCCUUGAAACAUUAGGCUAUCCCAAACACGUGGUUGACGAACUACGAUCAUUCUAUAGGAAUAUCUAUCCUUAUGCAGACUGCUUCCAACCCGUAGAAGAGUUGCAAUCUGCAAAGAAAAUGUUCAUGGAACAACAGUUGAAAAAAUAACACAAAUAUUUUCUAACAGUCCGUUAUAUGCUUUUCAU